GCACGGUGUUGCUGCUGGCGCCUGGGGGCCGCCGCUGGUGCCGCACGGGCAGGGCGGCGGCCUGGACGGCGGCCCCAACUGGGGAGCGGGUCCGAGGCCGCGCUCGGGCUUCGGUCCGAUGCUGCCUGGCCAGCAGGGCGUUGGCGCCGCCGACGACCACUCGCGCCACUUCGCGGCCGGCAGGACACCGGGCGCCGGCGCCCCGGCCCCGGGGCACCUGGUGCCGCUGCCUUACCAGCAGAUCGCACCCGGCGUCGGCCUGGUGGCUUCCCUGCACUACCAUACCCCUGGCGUCGGGCCGCAAGGCGCGGGCCAGGCCGCCGGGCCGUGCGGAG